GUUUAUACCCUUUAUUCAAGAUGACGCAAAGAGGUCAUGUGUGUGACACACCCAUUAUCCAACCUACACUUUCAGACCCUGCCGUUGGCAACGGGAUGGCUGUCUAUUUCUUCCGUGAAUGCGAUGCCGAGAUUCGAGGUACGGCCUCCGAUGUAUCUGGAAUUAAGGCACUACUCAACUUUAAAGUUAUUCAAGGGCCGGGAGCCGUGGAAUUGGAGAUAACCUCCGAAUCUGAUUUAUUCUUUAACUACUUCCAUAGAGUUACGCCGGAAUCCUACAAUGAUAUAUAUGAAAGUCAACGUCUUCAUGUCGGAUUCGAGCUAUAUCACGUCACGCUGAGCAAGAUGAUUGCGUCAUGCAUCGAAAGCGAAUCGUUCUCAGUAAUAUUAUUCCUUAACGCCGGAGAAGGGGUACUAAGAUUUGUUCAGAACGCCGAAUAUAAAUUCAUCGAACUCCUGGAAUGCUCAUUACAGCGUGCGAACGAAUUCCGUAUUGUACGAAAUAUCACAUACCGUUACAAUAUGCUCAAGGAUAGGCUGAACCAUUUUGGACACCAUCUAGAGGAAAUUCGCUCUGUCUUAAAAUCUAGGAAUCCCGAUAACGUACGUCAACGUAUGUUUGACUGAUCUUAUAGUG